AUGGGUAAAGCCCUUCGUGAGACCUUGCCGCCGCCUCCACCAAAACCUGCACCAUUUGACUACUUAAACAAAGACUAUACAUGGCUGAGAAGUCUUUUUGAUAGGACUACUCACAGAUUUGACGAAAAUACAAAAGUUGUUGUAGUGGAAGGCCCCGUAGCCGCAGAAAAGACAGCGUUCGCUAAGAGCCUCGCCGAAGAUCUGGGAAUGAAGCAUUUUCCCGAAGCGAACAUGGAUCUCCAUUACAUCAGACCUAAUGGUUGCGAUUUGCGUAUGUUCGACAGUAAAAUUCCCGAGGACACCAGAACGUUUGAUCAUGUUGAUUUCAACCGUAACCCUAAUCAUCGUCUUGCGGGAAAUUUCCAAAUCAUGAUGUAUACUGCCCGGUACUCUCAGUAUAUUGAUGCUUUGGCCCAUCUUUUUAAUACUGGCCAGGGUGUGGUGUUGGAGAGGUCUCCUUACUCUGACUUUGUCUUUUUGGAGGCUAUGUAUCGGCAGAAAUUCAUUAGCAAGGGAGUUCGCUCGGUGUAUUAUGAAUUAAGAAAUAACACCUUGGAAGAGUUGAUGAGACCUCAUUUAGUCAUUUAUCUUGAUGUUUCAGUCCCAAAGGUUUUGGAAGCAAUCAAGAAACGUAACUUAGAACAUGAAGUGAAGGGGCAAGCUCUCACUGCACCAUUCCUGACUGAAAUUGAGCGUCAGUAUAAGACCAAGUACCUCCGUGAUAUAUCCACUCAUGCAGAACUUUUGGUGUAUGACUGGAGUGGUGGCGGUGAAGUUGAAGUGGUAGUUGAAGACAUUGAACGUUUGAACUUUGAUCAAUACACGGAACGUGAGGAGCCUAAGAUGAAAGACUGGCGGAUUCCACGUGAGAUCGAUUGGGCAGACCAGAGGAUGUUGUACACCAAUGGUAAACACUACCUGAUGAACCUGCUGGCAAUACCAUGUCUGGAUGUGCCUGAACUUAUCACCAGUGCUGACGACGCUUACGAGAGAGAAAAGGUAAUCGGUGAACAUCCAGACUUUCAAUAUAUGGAGGGCUUUAACAAAAAAGAUGGGUCUCUGCUGACUAAAACAAAAACACCCAAGUACUACGAGUAUAUU